UGCAAAUAAGAAAACUUUCUCACCGUCACCGUACCCGUCCCGGCACUUUCAUCUUUCUCCUAAACACACACACACGCACCUCAUUUUCCUAACUUUUUUUACUUGCUCUAAUUUUCAUUCAUUCGUCAGAGUUUCUUCAGCUUGGUAUGAAACAGUAUACAUCAAAAAGAGGUGUCUAUGAGGAAGUUUAUAUCACUUGUUAGGAAAAGACACAUCCGUUAUGAUUGGGGACUUUGUCGGUCGAAGAAGAAAGCGUUCAUGGUAGUUGUAUGUACAUUAAUGCUGUAUAUUACAUACAGAACUGCAAAUUUUCAACCUUCACUGACAAAGGUAUUCCCAUUAUCUUACACAGGCUUGAAGGGCUUACCGUACGGUAUUAUUGAAGAUAAAUCCGACUUUGAGUUAAAACCAAUAUGGGCAACAACUAAUUCAAAAUUGAAGGCUAAUGGUUCCAGUUCUCAUAACUUGCUGGCGAUGCCUGUGGGUUUGAAACAGAAACAAAACGUUAAUACCAUCGUUCAAAAGUUUCUUCAAGAAAAUUUUACAGUUAUUUUGUUCCAUUAUGACGGGAAACUGGACGGAUGGUGGGAUCUCAAGUGGAGUAAAAAGGCCGUACAUAUUGUAGCCAAUAACCAGACUAAGUGGUGGUUUGCGAAACGAUUUUUGCAUCCCGCUUCUGUUUCCCUUUAUGAUUAUGUAUUUCUUUGGGAUGAAGAUCUAGGGGUGCAGCAUUUUAACCCCAAAAGAUAUAUAAAUAUUGUUAAAGAAGAAGGGCUGGAGAUAUCUCAACCAGCUUUAGAUUCAAAAUCAACAGACAUACAUCAUCGGAUCACAGUACGGAGAAAAAAACUAAAGUUUCAUAGGGUUUACGACUCUAAAAGUAGCCUUAAAUGUUCAAUGGCUAGCAAGGGUCCACCAUGUGCUGGAUUUGUAGAAGGAAUGGCUCCAGUGUUCUCGAAAGCCGCAUGGCAUUGUGUUUGGCAUCUGAUUCAGAAUGACUUGGUGCAUGGAUGGGGAAUGGAUAUGAAACUCGGCUAUUGUGCACAAGGGUUGAGAAAUGUGGGAAUCGUUGAUAGUGAAUAUGUGUUACAUCAAGGAAUACAGACAUUAGGCGGGCCUUCUGCUAAUAAGACUUCAAAUGAUGUCAAUUUAGCUAAGAGUCGCCGUGUUGUUGAUACGCGAAUUGAGAUAAGGAGGCAGUCAACAUCAGAGCUUGAAAUAUUUAAACGACGAUGGGAAAAGGCCGUGAAGGAAGACAAAAAUUGGGUUGAUCCAUUUCUCAAAAGAAAACAAGCACACAAGUGAUAACCACUGUUAACUGAUGAAAUGGGUCCGCUGGUGGCACGAUGAUACUCCAGUAUCCGUCAGUGAUCCAAAUUUGCCGUUCAAAAAAAAAAAUUGAUGAAAUGGGUCAUGUUGAGCCGAAUUUUUCUACCUCAAGAUCAUUAUUUGCAACAAGUUUUAUUUAGAUAGUUGUAUAUUCAAAACUGGAAAAAAGAAUAGUUAUUUU